AUGUCACAGAGAACCUUGGAUCAGCAGCCUUCAGUAAAGCCAUACAACUUACAAGCGCAUGACUUACAGAUAGGAAUGGAUAUCUGUAUAAAAAUCAUAAAGAACAACAAAGACUUCUUUGACCAGAGUCUUGACGAGAUAAAACUUUUGAAGUAUGUCAAUAAGCAUGAUCCUGCUGACAAAUUCAAUCUUCUCCGGUUGUAUGAUUACUUUUAUUACCGGGAGCGUUUGCUAAUUGUAUGUGAACUUCUUAAGGCUAAUCUAUACGAAUUCCGCAAAUUUAAGAUUGCAGCUACAGUAGAUGUGAAAUCAAAGUCAUCGACCUUGGAAGUAGCUGUUUCGAGACAGAUCACCUAUGCUCGCAAUGUUCUUUUCCAAAAUGAUUCUCCAGCCAGUUUGCUUGCGAGGGUUAUAGGAAUCAUACGAACUAUAGAUCAUGAAAUGCUUACCAAGGGACGUGAUUCCCACAAGCACCCUUGGGUUUCAUACCCAUACGAGCCAAUAUCUACUUAA